AACGAACCCCUCGCCCCAACAACCAGCUGGACAUCAACCUUCCACUUCAUUCGCUAUCAAUUCGUCUGCGGCCAGACCGCGCACUCAAACUCACAAGCUCACCGACAACUGCGCCUACAUACCCCUAACGCCAGCCCGAGCUCGUCUUGAACCUGGCCGCCCUCAAACACACAUGCCCUGUCUUCUCAGCCCUCCAUAGGAGAGCUACGACGCUGACAUGCUCCCUAGUAUGUUCCGAAUCGCGCGUUCUCAAACAGCAACCCCUCUGUCCAAGUUGUUGGUACGGCACAUUCACCAUGUGGACCACUACAAGAUAUUAUUUACGGGUCGGAUGUAUAAAAAUGAGUUAUGCCAUUGGCAAGCUGAAACACGGCAUUUCCGACUGGACAAGAGCAGAUGUCUUCAACUUUGUCAGCUUGGCAAAAGCACGAAGAUAUCUCGACCAGGAUUCUCUUAACAAACCAAUCUCAGAAUCUUAUUUUCACUACGCCAUUCUUGAAGCUGCCAUUCGCCAAGACCACACCCUUCCCUACGACGAUGCUCUUAGAAAGCUGGAGCCUUUGGCCCCCGAGAACCAGGACGCCAUUGUUUGGGAACGCCUGCGCCGUGUGUACCGUUAUCUCGUCUCUGAAGAGGCCAAGCCGCACCCGACCUGGAAGGAGGUCAUCGCACAGCGCACCGAGAAUGAGUGGCUCGAAGCCAUUUUAAGCGCAAUCCACCCUGACGCGAAGCCGGUCCUGAGCAGCGCACAUCCUCCAACUAUCGCCAACCUCAAGACCUUGCCCUUCACCAGGUGCAAACUGCGGGGAGUGUACGGGAAGAUUAGGAGCCCGCUAAGGGAGAAAUAUUCGAGCUCAGAGUGCAAUAUCUACAUUGGCUCAGCGACGGGGAAACACGGGCUUUAUGCGCGGUUUAAAUCGCAUAUUCGGAACGACUUCGACGCCAAAGCGAUAUUAUGGGAUCAGGUGGCAGAGCUUGAACAACCAAGUAUCAGCCCAUACUACUUCACCCUUCUGACCCUGCCAGAACACGUACCCGAGCUUGAACAACGAUUGGUCUGCUUGAUAGCAGAAGCUAUCUUGAUGGUUUAUCUUGGGGCUCAUUCUGGCUCGACCAGAACUGGCCAUCCAAUUUAUCGUUACGCCGCAUGGCCUGCGGGAGAACUUCCUUAUACAGGGUCAUCCGGGAUGAACCCUCUAUGGAAUUCGUACAGCACGGUGGAUUUGCAUGAGGGAAUAAAAGGGCGCGCCGCGAGAGGGUUGCGCAUGGUCAGGAACUGGCCAGGAGGUCCUGAUAAUAAACACCUCGGUUGGACUUGGGACGGAGCCCAGUGGAUUUGGCCAGUGGUCCAUAAUAUUCCAGUGACAUCAAACCCAUUCGAGAUGCCACUGAGUACCAGCGAAGAUAUGAGGGGUCAUAAUUCGAGGGCGCUUAGCAAACAAAAACGGAGGGAUAUGAGGCAAGAGUGGCUGGAUGAAGCAGCGAAUAAAAGGCUCCAGAGGCUCAUUCUAGAAGAGGAGCCAGAAGACAGCUGAGUAAUAGAAAUUACUAUCUAGUAUUCGAACUAUCCAGCAGGCUCUA